AUGCACUUCAAGCCGCAUUCGAGCGGCCAAGCGGCGAUUAUAGGCGCAUUAUACCAGCCUGUCACCAGCAUUAUUAUACCCGGCCUAGUCUAUCUCUUUAUCCGGUCACUCUAUGGCCUCUACCUCACUCCUUCCAUCGUCCUCUUCGUCCUGGCGACCUACGAUACCGCUGAUAUCGUUGGCACUCUCAUACUUGCCUCGUUUUUACUCAUUGGAUUCAUACUACUCAUCAAUCAUUACUUCGAUUUGGCAAUUGCAGACUCCUGGUUCCCCUCAUUCCGUCCGACUCGGUCCAGUCGGUACGACCUUACCAACAUGCGUGCACGCCAUCGUCGUCGGCUUCUGCUGUAUCUUGAGGACCCUCUCUCGUCCAGUGCUGGGGUGCACAUACUCCCUCCUUCUGCUCUUCGCGAGAAGAACACUUCACUAUGUCGCAGUCGAUACAAGUGCCACGUACGCGUUGAGGGUGUUCUUAUAUUGGCUAUUCUGGCUUUCGCUCGGCUCCCCUCCUCUUUGUCGCCAUCGGCCCAACCUCGCAGGUACUCGGAAGGCACUUCCGCUACCAGCUUCUUCCAAAACACAGCCGUCACUGCAGCCUCGGUCCUUCUCGCUCACGCAAACUCGGUACCUGUGCUUGUCGGUGGUGGAGAUAGUCUUUCGAGUAACUCCAACAUCGAUAUGACGGUGCCCGAUUUCGUCUUGCCAUCUGACGAAGCUGCGAGCAACCCCGUCCGGCGGGUCCCCGAGGGUGUACUCGACCUCCUCUUGCCUGAUAGCACAUCAAUGGUUAUACACGGCGCCACCAAUUUCGCCGACCGUCUUCCGGCAUUGUCGGUCACGCCCAUUUACUCCCACGAGCCGCCCAAUCUCCUCAUACAUCCCGACUCUGCUUCUGCAGACUUCCGCGACGACCUUCAAAUGCUGGCACCCGACCUUCUUCAUAGUGCUAUCCAUGAUUCCCGUCGUCUCUCAUCACAGUUUGCGGAGCAACACCGGUCGGGUGCCCGUUCCCUCGAGUUCGCGCCGAAUCUCCGAGUUCCGCUCUGGACCGAGCGCCUCCUUCAAGAUACGCGUCUACGUGCCACAAACCUCUUUCGCUGGGGCCAGGCCCUUGACUUCUUGGAACCAUACCUCGCUGAGGGCUUCGAGGGUGUCACGCAAACCAAUCAGCACCUCGUCGCUGAGGAUGUUCGCAAUCGCCUGCACCACACCCCUCUCGAUCAGUCUUUGCGUCGUUCUGAUGGUUCGGAACUCCUCUCGCCACAGGAGCUAGCCGCGUUCUUGUCCCGUCGCUGGCUCAAUGACAGCAUGAUCAACGCUGGCCUCGACUGGAUGAUUCGGGAGCUUGGGCCGACGUCAACCGUUGGAUUCGCCCACUGCUUAUUUCUUGAGUCUCUUCGUCAUGCGAGAGUACGAUCUGGUGACAGUGUAUAUCAUUCUCGCCUACCUUCUGCUCUUGCAGAGGGCGUCGCAAAUGGCCGUAUUCGCAUCUUAGAGAUCCCCGUCAAUGCUGGAGGUGUCCAUUGGGCUGGGAUCCGUGUUGAUAUCGGCCAUCGGACAUACUCGUAUCGUGAUGGACUCAAUGAUAUGGCAACUGUGGACCCGGCCGACAUUGCCCUCGUCGAGUGGUAUUUGUCAUCUCUGCUCCCAGAUACGGACACGCUGCACCUCGCACCGGCCCCUCUGCCUAUCGUUUCGCCCAAACAGACUGAUACACACUCAUGUGGUGUUGUCUACUUGUCAUCCCUUCUGCAUGAACACUGCGAGGGCCCUGCCUGGCAUCAAGAACUAGCCGACAUGCGUCGAAUGGAGUGGUUUCUCGCGAUGACAGAUGGCUCUAUCGGUUCGACGACUGAGUUCCAUGCUCCGCACGACGAGGAUGGUGCCGACUCUACACUUGGCCUUGAGGAUGUGGACUUGUAUCUUGAUGAUGCAAGUCCCGACUCCUCCACCUUCAGCGACAACGGCACGUCUUCUGGAUCGUCUUCAGUGGGAUCAGUCCCACCAUCAUCUUCGCUGUCCAGUGUAGUGUCUGCUACACCCGCCGCACCAUCUAUCCGACCCGGAUCCACCCUUGACUCAUUCCUCGCGCAAAUGGCAACUCCUUCAAAUUUACGUUCCCAGCCACCACGCACACGCCGCAAAGCUUCUUCUACCUGCAGUACCCCUCAAUCGACUGGUCGGACACACGAACUGAAAUCCGUGCCGCUUACUUCCUGGUUCAAGCGAAUGACGCCAGAGGAAGCGGAGCAAGUACGGUUGGCAUCACGCGCUGAGCGCAUGGAGGCAGAGGCCGAGCGGUGCCGUUUGGAGCAGCAGAAGAUCGAGCUCCGGAAGAUCGAGAAGAAGGCUGCGGAGCGAGCAAAGACACGCGAACGCGUGCGAGCUUACCGUCGGCGUCAAAAGCAGAGGAAGGAUGCCCAACAAUCUGGCAACAAUCUGUCCGAUGUUCUUGGUAAAACAGGCGCCCCUGUUCCUUCGCCCGUUCCUGCCAGUACCGCCGAACGCUCCCGCCCACUCCGUGCAUUCAAUAUCGACCUUUGUGCCUCUAACGCAUCAUGUGGGCGCAAACGACUCCAUGAAGACAAAGCUGCAAAAACAACCAAUUGGACGAACGCGUUGUUGUUCGAGCAGAUCAAGCAAGCUGCCUACGAGUCGGGUCCCCGCAUGCGCGUCUCGGAGAUCCUCAAGAUUCUACAGCGCCGCAAUCCAACCGACUUCGCGACACUGACUCCUCAAGUUCUCGGACGGUACAUCGAGCGUCCCCCGAAUGCUCUGCCAUAUUUCAAGGCCAGUGUGUUGAAGAGGGUCGCUCGCAAGGGCGGUGCGAAACCCGGCGGCCAGAAUACGCGUAGCGGUUUCCUCGAUGGGCAUCCUUCACUCAUAACGGCUAUAGUCGAGCAACUCACGACACUGCGUGCUGCUGGCGUGCCAGUCUCCGUCCACAUCGCUCGCGGUAUCAUGUUGGCCCAUAUCCGUCAUUUGGCCCCGGAACUCCUUGAACGAACGGCGCCCGAUGGCUCGCGCUUCAAGUGUUCCGACGCGUUCAAGAUUCCCGCUGAUGCCAACCAACGUCUAUUCGAGCUCUUCGUGCGCCUAGUGCUCAUCUUCCGUGAUGCUGGCAUACGUCAUGGCGAACUGUUUGUCAACUUUGACCAAACUCAGGUCGUCGUCGCCGACCCCAGUCAUGGAACAUAUGAAGUCGAAGGAUCAAAGCAAGUCAGCGCGAUUGGUGUCGAGGAGAAACGCGCGUGGACAGCUGUUGUUGGUGUCGCGUCUAGUGGCUCCGUCCUUCCUUUUCAGGUCGUCAUGAAGGGAAAGACCGACCGAUCCCUCCCGUCCGAAGAUGCGCCUUCACGUUCCGAGGCACGCGAUCUUGGGUUCCAGUUCAACGUCAACGAGAAGAAUUAUUGGUCUAGCCUCCCUUUGAUGGAGAGGUAUUUCGAGACCAUCGUUGUCCCUUACUUUACGGAGCAGAAAACUCGACUCGGGUACAGCGACAAUCAGGAAUGCGUUGUCCUCUUGGAUUGCUGGUCGGUUCACCGUAGCAAGGACUUCCGUGACCUUGUACGCACUCGAUGGCCGUGGAUACGCCUCCGAUAUGUUCCCGGUGGCAUGACUGGCCUCGCACAGCCAUGCGAUGUUGGUAUUCAGCGGCCGUUCAAGCUAUCGAUCAAGCGCUCGCAGUUGGACGAUAUUGUCGCGGAAAUCCUGGCACACCUCAACGGUGGUGCUGAUCCCACACAACUUCACCUCGAUACUCAUAUUGGUACAUUGCGCAAUCGUUCCGUCAGCUGGUUCGUCCGGGCGUGGCAAGAGAUCAAUCAACCUGAACUCGUGCGGAAGGCCUUCCAGCGUUGUGUAGUCCGAGGUGGCUUUAACCUGUCAUUCGAGUCCAUCACCAGCUCCGCGGCACUCAAGCUCGUUCGCAAGCUCCCUCGAACUGACCCUGAGACUUGGGCAAAGGUCAUCGCCGAUUAUGGUGUCGAGGAUGCUGCUGGGAAUGAUGGUGGCGAGUCCGAAUGUGAACUGGACUUCUCCGAGUCAUGGGAACGGGCUGACGGCGGCGAGGAGGAUGACGAGGGUGUGGACAGUGAUGGGUCCUCAGACUUUGGCGAUGACACUGCUCUGGGCCCUGUUGACCUCAUGCGUGUUCUCGUCGGUGAUGCAUCUCGUACUACCACUCGUCUUGGAGAUGCGGAGCGCCUUGAUGUGUUGGACCCCCCUGUCGUGGAGGAGGAAGAGUUGGGCCGUGGCAAGCGUCGCAAGACCGGCAACAAGCUUUACAAUGACUUCAUUUUUGACCGUUCUUCGAUGUAG